UCUUCUCCUUCUUCGUCCUUCUUUCUCUCUCUUCAGGCUUCACCUUCUACGUUUAGGGUUUCUGGGUGUGGAAGGAACUCAGUCCAGUGUUCUUAAUUUUCUCGAUUUGCGCUCAAUAAUCGCAAUCCAUGAGAGAAAUCUGAUCCUUUUUCAACUCGCAUUCUCCUUGCGAGUCUGCUUUGCUCUGUCUUCUUUCUCAAUCUCGUAGUUUUUUUUUGUUUUUAAUCUUCUGUAGCGUUGCGACUUGAACAGUAUCUUAGAUUAUUAGCGGGGUUAAUUCAUGGCCAAGACUAAACCAGGGAAGAAAGAUCUUGAUUCAUACACCAUCAAAGGCACCAACAAAAUUGUUCGACCUGGUGAUUGUGUGUUAAUGCGACCGUCCGACUCCGAUAAGCCUCCAUACGUUGCUCGUGUUGAGAAAAUUGAAGCUGAUCAUCGCAACAAUGUGAAGGUUCGGGUUCGGUGGUAUUAUCGGCCGGAAGAAUCAAUUGGAGGACGAAGGCAGUUCCAUGGUGCUAAAGAGCUUUUUCUCUCGGACCAUUUUGAUGUUCAGAGUGCUCACACUAUAGAGGGAAAAUGCACGGUGCACUCUUUUAAAAAUUAUACCAAACUUGAUAAUGUUGGUGCAGAGGACUACUUUUGCAGAUUCGAGUACAAGGCUGCCACUGGCGGUUUCACACCAGACCGUGUAGCUGUGUAUUGUAAAUGUGAGAUGCCAUACAACCCAGAUGACCUUAUGGUUCAGUGUGAGGGAUGCAAAGAUUGGUUUCAUCCAUCAUGCAUGGGAAUGACCAUUGACGAAGCAAAGAAGUUGGAUAACUUUUUGUGUUCAGAUUGUUCCUCAGAAAAUGAUGCGAAAAGGUCCUCGAAUGCAUUUCCAGUAUCACCUUCUGCUGAGGCUAAGGUGGAACCAAAGCGUCGGAAGAGAUGAUUGGCUGAUGAAGGUUCAUGGAAGUGACAAGGAGGUGGUGCUUGGAUCUUGAAGCCAGAAGAGUAUGGAGGCUGGUUGGUUCGUCCAUGGCAGCUAUAAAGUCUUGCUAACUUUGUGACUGUGUUUGGACAAUGCACCAAAGCUUGCUUCUUCCUUCUGAUCUGAUCACCAUGUUCCUCUUCUAGAUAAGAUUGGCCAUGGUCAUGAAGCAUUUUCUAGGUAAAAUGGUGCACUGGACAGAUUUGAUUAUGUUGUUGACUUCCAUUUCCAGGCAAUGCUGCCGUUAUAUAGCCGCCAUUGAGCUCUGAAAUUCCUCACCAACUUUGAUAGCACAUUCUCAUUCUCUAUUUAUGAUCUCUCACCCCCAAUUCUCACCAUCCAAAGAAACUUGGUGAAUAUUCGAGUAAGAACAUGAAUUUAAUUCGUUCUUCUAUGGGUAAAUUUUAUAUAU